AUGACGGAGCGUGCGCGCGACGCGCUGCUACAGCGGUAUGGAGACCAGUCGUCGCAUACAAAAAUAGUAGGACCCGAUGCGAUUGCGGCUACAAAAAAGAAACGCGCGGAGCUGCGGCGGUUAGCGGCAUUAGCGAGCCGCGAGUCGGACGAAGAAGAUUUUAUUCCGCUGCAAGCGUCGACGAGUCGCGCCGUUACGAGUACAGCGCGGCAAGAAGUGGUGGAAUACAAAGCUGGUCACCGUGGUCCACAUCCAGAAUCUGGACUGCAGCGGGAAGAGGACGAGCUAGGGAGCGGUGAAGAAGAACAUGCCGAAUAUACAGGAGCGACCGAGCGGAUACCGUUGGGACGCGAAGAAGAACGUAGGCGCAAACAAGAACGACGCAAAGAAAUGCGUCGGCUGAUUGACGUGGCAAAUGGUGCGCCAGACGAAGAUGAUGAUAUUACGAUUGUUGUGCGCGAGAAGCGACAACCCAACGUGGUGCAAAAACCAUCCAAUACCCACACGACGAUUCACGAGAGCCAGGCGGACGCGUUUGAGCCUGUGGAUAUGGAGACAGAGACGAUCAUGGUGACUGAAGAGGAUCCAGAUGAGAGGGCAGAGCAGGAGGCAUGGGAGGCUGCACAACUGAGCCGGAUGGACAUGCCAGGCUUGCGACAAGCGCCGAGAGAACCGUCGCCAUACCGUGCGGCAGAAACGCCACGUACCGCGCCAUUGCCCACGCCCACUUCGUGCUUUGCAAGAUUACAAUUAAGAAUCAAUGCGCUAGAGAAGCACAUUGCCGAGCAAGAGCAACGCCAGGCCGAUGCAGACAGUGCGCUUGAUAAACUGGACGCGGAAGAGGACAAUUUAAAAGAGACCAUUGUGCUUGCGGAAACUAAGAACGCAUGGUUUACAGAGUUUAACACAUUUGUCAGCUCUCUUGCCGAAUUCCUGGAGGUGAAGAUGCCGCUGCUUGAAACCCUUGAGCACAAUGCACUCUCUUUGCUGACAGAUAGAACAGCGUCGCGCCAGCGCGCUCACGCGCUUGUGAUGGAGGAUUGUAUUGCGCUUUUUCAUGGCGUUUCCUCUGCAUCUAUAUGGCCCGCACGCUUGAGUGGCGAUGGCUCUGUGCGCCCCACCGACACAGAUGGCCCGUGGGACGCAAAUGUGCGAAUGGCACGCCGUGCGCCACUCCCAAUUGAAGAUACUAGCGACGCGCGGCUCAGCCCCGCCGAACUCGCUGAAUUUGUGCGUGGACGCGAAGCGCUUGCCGAAAAUACCGCCCACCUGCUAGCCGAUACGAAUGCGCCCGAGUUCCAGGACCCGGCAGCGAAAGAUGCUGAUCAUACUUGGCUUGCAGGUUCACUUGUAGCGCGUUUUGAUGCGUGGCGAAACCAGUUUCCUGACGAGUACGAUAUGGCAUGGGGCGGACUUGCACUUGCAAACGCCUGGGAAUUCUGGGCGCGCUAUGAACUGGCCGCGUGGGAUCCUCUCUGGUGCACGGAUCCAGCCUGCCAAGUCGAACCUCACGAAGCUCGACUGUACGGCCCCCCCGCGGGUCUCGAAGGAUUUGUGUUUGAACAAGCGUCCACCGAGUACGUAGAAGCCAGCGCGACGGACCGCGGCGGUGAUGCGGAAAUCUCCGCGACACUGGUCUCGAGCGCCAUGAUCCCACGACUAAUUGCGAUCGCCUCUCAAGGCAUCUACGAUCCAUGGAGCACAAAAGAGACGGAAGCAGCCCUGGUGCUCAUGGAGCAAGCUACCUAUGUGUUGGACGCCAGCAGCCCCCGGCUUCAGUCGUUAGCACAAGCAUUUUUGCAGUCGUUCAAGGAGCACGUCCACGCACUGCAUACGGUGCUCAAUACAGCGCCUACAAUGCCCGGACCAUCACUUCACCCCGACGUGGUCCCUGCGCGCAUGUUUGUGCUCGAGGAGACGGUCCGUCUUGCUCAAAAUCUCGCGCAAUGGAGCCUGUAUUGGGUAGGGCCACAUGCAUUGCCGUGGAGUAAGAGCGACCGCGUUGUUUACGAGACACUGGCAGAAACAACGGCAAGCAUAGUGUGUUUGCUUGCGGCGCACUUGGGCAGCCAUGGUGUUGCAAUGGUGCGUGUAUUGCUAUCCAACACGCCUCGCGCCCUGCUGCAAACAAGUGCAUGGAGCAUGCUCGACGCAUUUGUACUACAACCCCAGUGA